UUCAGUAUCGCUUAUGCCAACAGACUAUCACUAAAAACUAUUGCACAUUCUAAAUUGCAAUAUAAAUAUUUUAGAAUGUGUAGAACAACUCUGAAAAAACAAAAACCCUAAAGCCCUAAUUAUUAUCUAAAAAAAAAAAACCCUAAAACCCAGACAAGUCCCCUAACCAUGGUAGUAUCUAAAAUAUAUAUGGUAGGGUUACCCUCAGCCAGUCCAUAUAUAUUUUUCUCUCACUGGCCUUCGACCUCAUUUCCUCCUCUGUCUUUUUGUAGCUUCUUUUACUUAGACAUGAAUUGGAUAGAGAAAUCUGUACUACCAAAGAAAACGGAAAUAUAAUUAUUCUAGUGACUUUUUGAUAAUAUUUUUGCUUAUUUUUAUCAAAUAGGAGUAGAAGGAAGGGGCCGGAUCGAAUUUUUAUUGGGUCUUGGAUGUCACUGGAAAAGGGAGGAUUUUUUAACGAAGAUUUUCAGAAUCCAGUUUUAAUGGGGAAGAAGAAGCCUCAGAAAACGAUGGAGCUAUCAGUGGCAAUAGCAGAAGCUUCAUCAACUGGAGACGAAUCCCAGCAGCAACCGCAGGCUCACACCCCAAGAAAGAGAGGAAGGCCUCGCAAGAUUAUCAUUGAAGAGCAAUCCACUGCAGCAGUAGAACAAUCUGCUUCUGCUUCUGCAGCUGAAGAUGUUGCUAAAGAAAGUGAUUCCAAAAAAGCAAAAGUAGACGAGGAUGAUGAAGAUCAAAAGCAGAAGCAGCAGGAAGAGUUGCAGCAGCAGAAGGUAAAAGAAGAAGAAGGUAGUGGUAAAAAAGAGGAGGGGUUUUUACCUAGGGAGCCUUCAAGAAGUAGAGCAAGGAGGAAAAGCAAGCCCAGAAAGAGUAGCCACAAUUAGUUAACUCUCCUGUAGGGGUACUCCGGAGCACACAAAAAAAGUCGUCUUUGGCUGUGCAUGGUUAGCAGCUCUGGACUGCCAGCUCUCCGAGACUGACGAGAGGAGGGCAAUUGCUAAUUUUCUUAAGUCGUUGCAGCUGGCACGUGACGCUUACGUUCUAAGUUAAGAAACAAAAGCACAAAGCUAGUAGAAGAAAGCUGAUUUUACAUGUUCGGCUAGCCGCCUCAGUAAGCCAAUAAGUGCUUUUGUAAUAAGUAGGACGUGGCAGCUUAGGGGUUCAGCUCCUAGCUUAAUUAGUCCUGCCUCGUGUCUAAAGUCAAAAAAUUGUUGUGGCCAUGGGUUUAAUGGUCAUUCGCGCAUGCUCAUGUCAACUACAUAAUUCGUAGGAAAUUUUAUUCUCUACAAAAUUAAAAUUUUGUAAAAGUUUGAAAUAUCGUAUACUCCGAAAUUUUUAACAACUUAAUCUUAGUAGUUGUAUCUUGGACCA